GCUUUGCAUCUGGGGCUGGAUUGCUGAUCAUCCCUUCACCAUGAGCUGCAGCAUCAAGAGAACAUCCAGCACCUCGUACAGGAGCGGAGGAGGAGCUGGAGGCGCCUGCGGUGGCAGCAGCGGCCGCAGCUCCUCCGUGUCCUGCCGGCGCUACGCGUCCUCCGUGAUCGGCGGGGGCAGCUACGGCGGGGCAGCGUGCGGGGGCUACGGGGGCGGCCUGAGCUUGGGCGGCCUUGGCGGCGGCUUUGGCGGGGGCUUUGCGGGGAGCUGCGGCCCUGGGGGGGACCUGCUGCUCAGCGGCAAUGAGAAGGUCACCAUGCAGAACCUCAACGACCGCCUGGCCGCUUACCUGGACAAGGUGCGAAGGCUGGAGGAAGAGAACGCUCAGCUCGAGCACCACAUCCGCGAGUGGUACAGGAAACAAGCUCCCAGCGUUUCCAAGGACUACAGCUCCUACUACCAGACCAUCGAGCAACUCCAAAACCAGAUUAUUUCUGCCACUGUGGACAACAACAGGAUGAUUCUGGACAUCGAUAACAGCAAGAUGACUGCCGAUGACUUCCGAAUGAAAUAUGAGAAUGAGCUGGUCAUCCGUCAGACCGUGGAGGCUGACAUCAAUGGCCUGAGAAAUCUCAUGGAUGACCUGACUCUGGUUAGAUCUUCACUGGAAUCUGAGCUGGAGUCCUUGAAGGAUGAGCUGAUUGCUCUCAAGAGAAACCAUGAGGAGGAAAUGAGGCAGAUCCAGUCCCAGACUGGUGGUGAUGUGAGUGUGGAGGUCAAUGCUGCCCCUGGAGAAGACUUGACAAAGAUCCUGAAUGACCUGAGAGAUGAAUAUGAGCAGAUCAUUGAGAAGAACCGCAGGGAGGUGGAGCAGUGGUAUGAGGUCAAGAUCCAAGAAGUCAAUCAGCAGGUCACUUCCAGUAGCCAGGACAUCCAGACAAGCAGCCACCAGCUCACCGAGCUGAGGCGUGAGAUGCAGAACCUGGAGAUCGAGCUGCAGGCACAGCUCAGCACGAAAAGCUCUCUGGAAAACUCCCUGGCAGAAACCGAGUCUCGCUAUGGCUUCCUGCUCCAACAAAUCCAGGUGCAGAUCAACUCUGUCGAGGAGGAGCUGGGCAGCAUCCGCUGUGAGAUGGAGGGUCAGAGCCAGGAGUACAAGAUGCUCCUGGGUAUAAAAACCCGCCUGGAGCAGGAGAUCCAGCAGUACCGGGCACUGCUGCAGGAGGGGCAGCAGGAUCUUGUUGCAUCCCAAGGAGCUUUUCAAGGUAGUGGAAAAUCCUCCCAGUCAUAUUCUGCUUCCUACUCUCAUUCCCAGUGUGGGGACAUGUCAGGUAAGUCAACAUUUUGUCAGCAUGUGAUUAUUAGUGGGUUACAUCUGCCCCAGUGGCUGCAAUGUAUUUGGUCAGAAAAAAGUUUUGUAGUUUAG